AUGCAGCUUGAAAUUUUUAAUGAUGAUGACCAUGAUGGUGAUGAUCAUGUCCAUGAUGAUGGUGGCCAUGGUUCUGAUGAUGAUCAUGAUGACCAUGAUGGUGAUGUCUUUCUUCUACGGAGCGCUUCUGAUGGUGGUGAUGUCCAUGAUGGUGGUGGCCAUGGUGGUGAUGGUCAUGAUGAUCGUGAUGAUGAUCAUGAUGGCCGUGGUGGUGAUGAUGAUCGUGAUGACCAUGAUGGUGAUGUCUUUCUUCUACGGAGCGCUUAUGAUGGUGAUGAUGUCCAUGAUGGUGGUGGCCAUGGUGGUGAUGGUCAUGAUGAUUGUGAUGAUGAUCAUGGUGGCCAUGGUGGUGAUGAUGAUCGUGAUGACCAUGAUGGUGAUGUCUUUCAUCUACGGAGCGCUUAUGAUGGUGAUGAUGUCCAUGAUGGUGGUGGCCAUGGUGGUGAUGGUCAUGAUGAUUGUGAUGAUGAUCAUGGUGGCCAUGGUGGUGAUGAUGAUCGUGAUGACCAUGAUGGUGAUGUCUUUCUUCUACGGAGCGCUUAUGAUGGUGAUGAUGUCCAUGAUGGUGGUGGCCAUGGUGACCAUAGUGGUGAUGGCCAUGGUGACCAUGAUGAUGAUGGUGGUGAUGCUUUGCCUCUAAUGUAUCUUCAGGCUUGGCAGAUGCAUAAUCGCAUAUCACUAUGA